UUUUGCUAUUCUCAGUACGCUCGUCGAUCGCGCAUUUGAAAGUGUACGCAACUUCCCGCUCCCGUAUUUUGUAAUUGAAACAUUUAUUGGAAAGUUGUAUUAUUCAACAAAUAAACUUUGUGAAACAUUCAUUUGUUAUCACCAGACAAUAAUUUAAUAUGUUAAAGAAGACGCAGAAGAAAAUGAAGUUAAGGAAGCGCCUUAAAAGACUUAGGAUGUUAGGAGAAUAUGAGGAUGAGUCUUCUUCAUCGGGGGGAGAAUUGACACCUACCAGAAAGAACAAUUCCUCACAUUCGCAGAAUGUUCAACAGAAUCCUUCGAUUUUAUCUUCCUUGAGAAGUGUUUUAAUUGUACUAAGUACAGCUCUAAUCUGUUUUGCUGCUGCCAGAAAUUCUAUCACAUGGCAUUGUCAACGGUUCUGGGGUGCUUCUGGUGAUUUCUGGCAGGCACAGUGGGACAAAUUCUUAGAUACGGUGGGAGAAGACCCAUUUUACUUAUGGGUAUAUGGCACAUUUGUCCUUUCAUUUGGGGUGUACUGGUUAUUUGGUGGUAUAUACACAAUCAUGGAUAUGACUAACAAACCUGCUGCAAUUAGGAGGUACAAGAUACAACCUGGAACAAAUGAACCCGUCGAUAAUAGAAAACUACUGAAAGUUAUAUGGUAUGUACUUUUAAACCAAGUCGUGGUAGGAAUACCAUCGUCUAUGUUAAUGUACUGGGCGAUGAAAUGGAGAGGAUUUCCGCUACUACGGGAGCUCCCAACUUUCCACUGGGUAUUGUAUGAGUUAGCUGUUCAUAUUUUGACCGAAGAAGCUGCAUUCUAUUACUCUCACAGAUUUCUGCACAGUCGUUACUUGUAUAAGUAUAUACACAAGCAGCAUCACGAAUGGACUGCACCAAUCGCAGUUACAGCGAUUUACUGCAAUCCCAUCGAACACAUCUUUUCUAACCUCCUUCCCCCAUUCCUGGGGGUUUUCAUAAUGGGAUCACAUGUAGCAACUGCUUGGCUAUGGUUCACUCUCGCUAUCCUGUCGACGUUGAACGCUCAUUCUGGCUAUCACCUGCCGUUUUUCCCUUCACCGGAGGCGCACGAUUUUCAUCAUUUGAAGUUUAAUAACUGUUUUGGAGUACUGGGUGUGUUAGACCGCCUGCACGGUACCGACACAAGCUUCCGGCAGACCCGAGCUUACGUCAGACAUAUAAUGAUGUUGAGUUUCAUACCGCCGAGGGAGGCAUUCCCAGAACCAAACAUCUGCAAGCACAAACUGGGAAAGCAAUAAUCAAAACAGUUGUUUUUCACACCGAUUAUUUGUUGGCGCAGGUAUUAGAAUAUAAUUUUGAAAUAUUUUUCAGAUACCUCCAAAUACAACAAUCAAAAUUAAAAUAGCAAAUUUUGCAGAUGUAAUAUAUAAUAAACCAUUUUGGAAAAUUGUAUUUUGUUGAUGGUGAACCAAACUCUAAUAUAAUAAGCACUCACAUUACUUCAUGAAUUUUUAUGGUUUGUCUGCAUAAAGCACACAAAGAAUCAGGAGGUGAUAACAUACAGUGCCACAGUGGUCUUUAGUAAACUUACUGGGUUUAACGUUGCACAAUGUAAAGACAUGCUAAAUAUGUCUUAGUAAAAUGCUGCUGUGAAAAAAGAUAUAGGGUGUCAAAAUUGAAUUGUUUUUUGUGAUAACUCUAGUACCACUUAACCUAUUAUCACUAAAUUUAGUAGAAACAUUUUUUAAUAAGAAAUAAUAAUUUACGUAUUAAAUCAGCAGAUAUUGAAAUAAGAGAGGAAGUCAUCAUCAGGUAUUGCUAAUGUGGCGUCCUCUCUAUGCCCGAACCUGAUUUAAUAUCUUAUCCAAAAAAAAAUUGCCUAAUAAAUUUUGUGGCGAUGAUUUGAGGUACUCUAGAUAAUUAAAAAAAAGAAAAAACAAAAUUUGACAGCCUGUAUCUUCUUCCAUAAUAACAUUUUAUUAACACAAAUUAAUGUUCAUGUUUCGCCCUGCGUCUUGGUCCAUUAUUAAUGCUCCACCCUGUAUACUAAUAUUAAAAAUACCUUUGCUGAUAUUAUUGGUGGUAGUUUUGCUUUAAUUUUUCCUUGACAAGAAAUUGGAUUUUCCUAAAUGUACUGUCUCUAAAACCCAUCAAAAUUUGUCAGUUAUUUUUUAUAAAUUCAUGUAAGGACGUACUAUUGAUUCUUUGUGGUGGACCGUUUUAAUCUUUUAAAAGUAAUAAACUCAUAAUUUUUUAAAAGUAGUAGACUUAUUAUUAGAGAGCGGACAAUGUGUGACUUUAA